CGGCCGGUUGAAAUCGCUGGGAAAGACUCGGAACGUGUCAUCGCCGACAACUGCCUCAGAAAUUUCGGUAUACCGUUGCUGUCUUACACCUAUAUGGUUACACCUGUGGAGAAAGAAUUCCCGCUGGCCUUCAGUCUUCAGGUGUACACACAUCCUGAACGUGUGAUUCGGCUGUUGUUAGCUAUUCACCGUCCACAUAAUUUCUACUGUGUCCACGUGGAUGCAAAAUCCUCAAAGCAAUACGAACAAAUGUUAUUACGGGCUGCGGAAUGUAUCGGUCCGAAUAUAUUCUUUGUGCCAGAUCAUCUGCGAACCAAGGUGCGUUGGGGUUACUUCACCGAACUGGAGCCAGACCUUACCUGUUCUCGAUUGCUUCUUGCUCGUGGAAAGAGAUGGAAGUAUUGGAUCAAUCUGACCGGUCAGGAAUUUCCAAUUCGUACGAACUUGGAAUUGGUACUGGCUUUACGCGCAUUGAAUGGGACGAAUUUGGUUGAGGCAAUCUACCGAAAUCGAUAUAUUGAGCGGCUUCCACCUGAGGGUGCUGUUGAUCUUAAUAUAACCUGGUACAAAGGAUCCGUUCAUGUCGUGGUCAGACGUGAAUUUGUCGAAUACAUGAACAACGACAACAAAGCGCAGCAGUUACUCGUGGCGUUGAAAGCUCACGAAUCAAUGGUGAAUCGAGAAAUUUUUCCGGACGAGGCUUUCUUCCCAACAUUGAACCAUAAUCCGCAUGUUUUCAAAAUCCCCGGAGCGUUUUUGGGAACGCAUGAGGAAACGGUGACUGGGUUGAUACCACGAUUGAAGAUAUGGAAGAUAUCUGGUGAACCUUGUGGCAGUAAACGCUUCAUUAGAUUCAUAUGCAUGUUGGGUAUCGGUGACUUGCCUCGUUUAUUCACCGCGCCAAACUUUUUCGCCAACAAAUUCAUGCCGGAUAUUGAACCGAUUGCCUACGAUAUCCUAGAAUUCUGGUUAGCCAGCAAAACCGCUUUCGAGGCUGUUCAUGGUGUACCGCAUAGCUCGUUCAACCUGAGCUAUUACGCAACUCAUGUAAUGGCCUGGAACCACCUGUAA